GUACCAGCACGAAGACUCAAAGGGCUCACGUCUCUCGGUCUCUUCGUUCGUUCCCUUCGGGGGAGCCGAUGAACGGUGGCGUCCUGUGAUAUCACAUGAGACCUCCAUCCCUUCUCUCCCUGACCAUUGCUUCUGCGCUUGCCCACAUCACUGACAUCGUUGAUCUUACCGAUAUUCCCGAUUUCCUGCUCAUCGAGCUUUUUCUUGGCACACUGCGGGCUGGGAAACUGACAGAAAAGGUGCUGAAGGUGUUUAUAGCAACUGGGAACCCACAUAUCCUCUCCUUUAUUGAGUCCUUGGGUAUCAAGAUUGCCCUAACCCCCAUUCUUCCCACCCUGAAGGAUGAUGAAGUGGACAUUGUGAUCACUGCACUCAAGCCAGAUCUUGGGUUUUUGGAAGAAUGGCGACCUGUGUUUUCCCGCUUUCAUCUCAUAAUUGUAAAAGAUCCUGAUCUGCUUGAUGCUGAUCUCAAGAUCCCACCUGGUUUUCCGAGUCUUGAUGUCUACAACCAAUCUGAUAUGGAGUCCCUUGUUGGCAAGAAAGCACUUUCCUUGCUCCAGUUCACUGGAUUCUCUGCUCGCUACUUUGGCUACCUUGUCUCCCGCAGGCGAUACAUCAUAUUCAUCGAUGCUGAUUGUAUCCCGGUGAGGGAUGAUCUUGGCCAUCCAAUGGAUGUUGUGAACCAGCACCUGGUGAAUCUUACAACACCGGCCACUCCUUUCUUCUUCAACACUCUCUAUGAUCCAUACAUUAAAGGAUCAGACUUUGUUCGUGGAUACCCAUUCAGCCUCCGUUGUGGUGUGGAUUGUGCAGUCUCCUGUGGACUUUGGCUCAACACACCAGAUUGUGAUGCAUCUGUUUUGAAGUCUGGGAAGCGCAUUGAGAGAAUUGCAGAUGCAGUCAUCACAGUCCCAAAAGGGACUAUGUUUGCACUAAGUGGAGUAAAUGUGGCAUUCAACAGGGAGUUGAUCGGACCAGCAUUGUUCUCAGGGUUGGUUCUAGCUGGGGAAGGGAAAGUACGGCACAAGACCAUGGAGGAUAUCUGGUGCGGGAUGUGUGUAAAGACAGUCUGCGACCAUCUGGGGUAUGGUGUCAAGAGUGGGGCACCAUACGUCCAGAGGUGUGUAGAUGGUGCAACAGAACAGGAGAGCCCGGAGUGCACUAUGGUUGCUGCUAACCUAUUGGAGGUGGCAGUGCCAUUUUUCCAAUCAAUCAGAUUGCCGAGGACUGCAAUAAGCACAGAAGCAUGCAUGUUGGAGAUAGUGAAGCUGGUGAGGGAGAAACUUGGCCAUGCAGAUUCGAGUUUUGCACGAGCUGCAGAUUCCAUGGAGGAAUGGGUAGGCGUGUGGAGGUCCCUGCAUGCGAAGCUGUGAUGGUUGUGUUCAAGUCACUUUCGCUUUAUUACUGGUUAUCUGAUGGUAAAGGUGCAUGCCAUGGUUUUGGUUCCUGAUUUACGAAACAGAAUUUAGAGUUCCUGUUGUAUGUAACAGAAUUGUUGUUGUGCAUACCUUGUAAAAAGCUGGGCCUGCGUUGGUUCGGGAUGUUCAGACCGUCCAUGAUUCGUGUCCUAGCAUUAAUUAUCUGAAUUUUAGAAAUAUCAUUCUGUUGAAAGUCCUAAUGGUUUUGCUAAAUGCGACUUUUUUA